AUGUCUUUCGACUCGUCAUAUCUUGUAGGAGUACAUGAAAAAGUUGCAGCAUGCCCACGACACAAAAACCAACCAUUCAAAAAAAGGCCAGAUUCUUGUGAUAGUCUGAGAAUCUUAUACCACUAUUCCUGUGUAACCACCAGAGAAUAUAUAUGCGAUAACACUGAUUUUUGUAAAUAUAUCUGUCUUAUCCGGCCGACUUAAUCAAGUAGACUGUAAGUUCGUUUUCAUAUAGGAAAUCUUUAGUGUCUGGUUAAAAUAUAUGGAUAGAGACAUAUAGAAGGAUCAGGCUUAACCUCUAGUGAAUUCUCCAUCGUCUAUAUAGAAGACAAGUAUCUUCGCACGUUGUUCUUGUUGUUAUAUCUACAAAACGGGUUACAUUUUCAGACAAAAGUUGACAUUAGAGGCAUCUUUUCCAACGUCACAUUUAUAUACUAAAUGCUCUAUUUUUUUUUUCUUACACAUUUUUUUAUACAGAAAAAUUAUAGUAAGACCUUUGGUGCAUUUAAUUUCGAGAACUUGAUUCGAACCUAGAUCCAAGAAGACUAGACAAGAGGAAGCAAUUUAAGAAUACUUAAGAAAUUAGAAUUUUAUUUUAUCAUUGUUUCUUGAUGUGUCGAAAUUCGAGAGUAUAGAGACAUUUUGGAAGUUUUUUGUUUGGUAAUUGAAAUGAUAACGAAUAAAAAAAUUCAAUAUUUGCUAGUAUACUUAAUAACUAAUUAUUAUUUAUCUGGGUUUUGUGAAAUUACAUAAACACAAGUAUAUAUAUUUAUAUAUCUUAUCAAAACAGAAAUACUAUAUGAAAUUAAUCUUACAUUUAUGUGAUAUUUUAUAGAAAAUUCAAUUGAUUUUAAAAACUUUAAUUAAAGAUAAUUUGACCAUUACUUAUAAAUUAAACGAUUUCUGCAUAAAAGAAUGUACCACUACAAAUGAGAUAAUUUUACCAUUCAAUAAUAUUUUAAAUGUUUCUAUAUUUCCUAUUUAUUAUAACAGAUUUUCGGAUUUUUAAAAUUUUAAUUAAAUUUAUAA